GAGCUCCCGCUGAAUCCCCUCAGGAGACAGUGUCAAGGCAGGUGUCCCUCGGAUCUGCUUCGGUAACGUCGAAGGAAUCUCCAGGCACGCUCGCAGAUCAAAAGGAGGAGCUGAAUUUGAGGCGCUUUGAAAAUGCCGUUUGGCGCCUCAAGCAGAAGGACAAGAGGACGUGCGAAGACUCCUGCGAAGACUGUUUGCGAAAGGCUGCAGCCGCCAUUGGAAAGGAGCUGGAAUUUCGCGGACCGAGCACUAAAUCCAAAUCCAGACAAGAGGUGUCGCAGUACCUGCCUGAACCGCUCGGUGGACCUACAAUCAGCCGCAAGAGGCGAAGUCUCGAUAACCGAGCUGUCAGCUUUCCGAACCCGCCAGGAGGUGUGUUGGAUGUGCUGCGCCUCGAAAACGCAAUGUGGCGUCAUUGGGCCCAAGAGAAAAGGGCCUGGCAACCUUGGUACAGUGCUUUGCCAGAGGAAGGCCAAAAGGCCUCCCAGCAAAUCGGGUCUCAGAUUGACUUCCCACAAGUGAGGCAGCUGCUGCACAAGCAGGAUCUCUUCAACAUGCGCAGCCUGGCUAUACACCUCGCACAACGUGGUUUCGAAGCAGGGUGUGUUGAGGCCACGCAAUCGACUGAGAUUCCAUCCACUCCGCGAAGCAUCACCAGUACGCAAAUGGACUUUCAGGAGAUGAUCAACAUUUUAGAGGAGGAUGACAAGAAGGAGUGGCGAGUUGCUGCUGUUCCAUGGGCCUGCACCCUGGGUUGCGCUGUGAUUUUGGCGAGUGCUUUCCGCUUCGGCCACCGGGCCAAGUGA